AUGGCUCCUGCUCAACCCACCCUCCAUGAGCACCCGCUUUCUCCCUACGUGCAAUCCGUCAAGAUCGCCCUUCGCGAGAAAGACAUCGCGUUCACAAAAACGCCUGCCGGUAGCAUCGCCCCGAUCGGCACACUCAACCCUCGUGCAGAAGUCCCUGCAUUUGUGCACGGCGAUGUCACUCUCUUCGAAACGCCUGUGAUUCUGGAGUACAUCAACGACACCUGGCCCUCGACAAAUCUUCAUCCCAGUGACCCAACGCGGAAAGCGCUUGCCUCGCUAGCGGCACAAGUCUGUCUGACGCAGUAUGAGGCAUUGAUGUGGGCGGCGGGGGAAAUCCGGAUCUUCAAGCGUGCGGAGGGUGCUGUGGCGGAGAAGUUGAUCGCGAACAUUCAGACUAUCGCGACGGAGCUGCAGGAGUGGCUAACGGUGAAGCUUGGCGAGGGUUCAUACUUCUCCGGUGAGCAAUUUGGCAUGGCGGACCUGUGUAUUGCACCGAUUCUGAACUCGAGUGUUGGAUCCGGACUGGGCCCGGAGAAGGAUACGCCGUUAGGGAAGUGGCUGGAUCGCAUCAAGCAGCGAACAAGUGUGAGGACGACGUUUGAUGAGGCGAGGGAGGGACUGAAGACAAUGACCAAGCUGGGAGCCAAGAGACCUGCCGGCUUCAAGCGGGAGUAUCGAGACCAUCGACUGGAUCUGAUGGUUAGGAUUGGCGGAGUACAGGUCGUGGUUGAUGGGUUGAGGAAUGACAAUAUUCGUUUCUCGUGGCCGGAUGUGAGCCGGAGUAAGCUAUGA